AUGAAUCAUGCAAUGGCAGAAAGCAGAUCCUAUGGCUCCCCGAUUGUGAUGGAACGCAUUCCAGUAGAUGAAUGGCCCAGUGACCAGGCAGACGGAAUGCAAGAGGAAAUUGAUGACGAUGCAGCCUACGAUGAUGAUUAUGACACGGAGUAUUCUUCCGAUGAGAUAGAUGAUAUAUAUGAGUCGCAACUGCUGGAUGCGCAGCAGCAAUGGGAUGAAUCUAUCCAACAACUAAACAAGGUGCUCAAUUGGGUGCUACUGCCGAUAAUAGGAAAAUUUAUGGGGAGAAGAGUGGCCAAGACUAUAUGGCAGCGCGUUAUGGAACAAUGGUGGCGAUGA